AUGUCGAGCCCGCCUCAGUACGGACCAACUGCCCUACCUCAAGGAGCAAACGAUGGUGGUGACGGCUCUUCUCUGGACAAAGCGACAUGGGUUGCUGGCAGCGACAAGAACGCCAGGAGCUUCAUCAUACUCCAAGGCAAAGACUAUGUACGCUGCAACAUGGGCGAUGCCCUCCAGUUCUACGACUCGGGCUACCGUGUAUUCGACCCGCCUACUGGUCGCCGAGUCAAGUUUCAGUACACGCAACCUGGUCGUCCCAAGUUCGGCGCUUUUGAGCACCAGUACUGGGAAAUCCAGAUGGAGGAACAUGCUUCUCUGGUGAGGGGCGAUCGCUUGCCUGGAGAGGAUCUGGAUGCUGAAGAGGAGUACGAGUUCGCAGGAGAUUCUGUCUUCGACCGUGCUGAACAGCCCCCUUCGACCCCCUCGAGGAGUACACGUGGAAACUUCGCUACAUCUCCUCCCUCCGGCGGUCGCGGCAGUCCUUCAACUCCAAGAGGCCCCAGCUCUGGCGGUCAGCCAGGAUCUGGUCGUGGCUCAGCUGGUCGUGGCUCAGCUGGUCGCGGCUCCAACACUCCUCGAGGUCGCGGCUCGGCUGGCUCCGGACGAGGUCAAGGAUCUCCGCAGUCACCAACGUCACCCUCCUUCGGAAAGGGCAAGGGUCCAGCUGGCUCACCUGGUGGCGGCUCUCCCGGUGCUGGAGCGGCUUAA